AUGUUGAAGGAUGGGAAAGUUCUAUACCCUGAAAAAUGUUUUGGUCAUCUACCGGGUAUUAAUGUGGGGGAUCAAUUUUUUUCUCGGACCGAGAUGGUGGCUGUAGGAAUUCAUGGGCACUGGUUAGCUGGCAUUUGUUUUAUAGGAGAAAGUGAAGGCAAGAAGAAGUAUAAAGACUCUGGCUAUGUCUUUCCCGUUGGGGUAGCAAUUGUGUUGUCUGGCCAAUAUGAAGAUGACGUUGAUAACUCCGACGAAAUUGUAUACACAGGUCAAGGUGGACAUGACUUACUUGGCAAUAAACGUCAAAUUAAAGACCAAGUAAUGAAACGUGGUAAUUUGGCUCUUAAGAAUAACAUGAUUCAAUCUUUACCCAUCAGAGUAAUUCGCGGAAAUGAUUGUCCGAAUAGUAUUACUAAAAGGCUUUACACAUAUGAUGGUUUAUACAAGGUUGAUGAAUACUGGGCUGAGAGAGGAGUUUCUGGAUUUACCGUUUUUAAGUACCGCUUAAAGCGACUUCCAGGACAACCUGAAUUAGUCACAAAUCAGGUUCAAUUUGUUCGCGGGAAAGGCAGCCAAGCUCAGUCUGAAAUACAUGGAUUGAUCUGCAAGGAUAUUAGUUAUGGUCGAGAAACUUUACCUGUCCCUGCUACCAAUAUAGUUGAUGAUUCACCUGAAACGCCAGAAGGCUUCACGUAUAUAAACUCUAUUGAAGUUGCAAGUAAUGUUAAAAUCCCGCCUAGUGCUCGUGGAUGCAAUUGCAAAGACGAGUGCACUGAUCCGAGAACCUGUGCUUGUGCUAAACGCAAUCCAUCCGACUUUCCAUACGUGGCUCAAGAUGGUGGCAGACUAGUGGAGGCCAUGGAUGUUGUAUUUGAAUGUGGCCCAAACUGUGGCUGUGGACCUAAAUGCGUAAAUCGUACGUCUCAGAAGGGACUAAAAUACCGUCUUGAGGUUUAUAGGACUCCAGAUAAAGGUUGGGCUGUUAGAUCUUGGGACUAUAUUCCUUCUGGUGCGCCAGUAUGUGAAUACAUCGGAGUUGUUAGGAGGACUGAUGAAGUGGACAGUGAUGCUGGCAAUCCUUACAUAUUCGAGAUUGAUUGCUUGCAAACCAUUAAUGAGAUAGGAGGACGAGAGAGGAGAUGGAGGGAUGUAUCUCUUCCAAGUAGUAGUGGUAUUAAAAGAGGAGGGAAGACAUCCGAAAAUGUACCCGAGUAUUGCAUCGAUGCAGGUUCGAGGGGCAACGUUGCCAGAUUCAUUAAUCACAGUUGUGAGCCCAACUUGUUUGUUCAGUGCGUUCUGAGCUCUCACCAUGACAUUAGACUUGCGCGAGUUGUGUUGUUUGCUGCAGAUAACAUAGUUCCUUUACAGGAGCUCACAUAUGACUAUGGUUUUGAACUUGAUAGCGUGGUUGGUCCAGAUGGUAAGAUUAAAAAGUUACCUUGCCACUGUGGUGCACCUGGCUGUCGAAAGUGGCUGCACUAGUACUAGAAGAAAUACCCAAGUUUCUGCUUUAUUAUUAUUUCUUUCUCUCUUUUUUUUUUUUGGCUCAUUUUUGCCUCCCACUCCCACAUUGUCAUUGAAGAAACUUUAAAAAUUCUUGGCCGUUCUUUUUGUGGUGAUGAAAUGGGAAUCAGCUAUACGCGCAUGCAAAUCAUGUAAAUUUUUAUUUUCGAUUAUUAUUUGUAUUAUUAUACAUAUCAUAUUUAUAUGUUAUGUGCUUGGGAGGCCUAUGUUUAC